AAGUCGGGAAAACACAUCUGUCCCCGCAUGUCACUGUUUCUGCCGGUCUGCUGGUGUUUCUGAACAUUUUCCGACAGACAGUAACUGGCAGCAGUUCGCCUGAGCGCCGGUGAAGUACUUGCAGCCACUUGGCCGCUGCUGAGGGCGGUGUGGGAGCCUUGCGGUGCCGGGACUCUUCGCUGCGGUUGGGAACAUGCACUGACCGGAUUUGGAAUCGCCUCUUUUUUUCCCCCUGGAUUACUCCCCGUUAAACCGACCCGGUCCGUUUUCCGUUUGCAUCCUCUUGGUUUCUCCGGUAGUGUGGAGUGGUAAAUACUUUGAAAAUGCCCGGAAAAACCAAGUACAACCUCGUCGAUGAUGGGCAUGAUCUGAGGAUCCCAUUGCACAACGAGGAAGCGUUUCAGCAUGGAAUCAACUUCGAGGCAAAGUACAUCGGCAGUCUGGAUGUGGCGCGGCCGAGCAGCCGAGUGGAGAUCGUGGCUGCGAUGAGAAGAAUACGGUAUGAAUUCAAGGUGAAAAACAUAAAGAAGAAAAAAGUCCACAUUGUGGUGUCUGUAGACGGCGUGAAGGUCGCCUUGAGGAAAAAGAAAAAAAAGAAGGAGUGGACAUGGGACGAGAGCAAGAUGAUGGUGAUGCAGGAUCCCAUUUACAGGAUAUUUUAUGUUUCUCAUGACUCCCAAGAUCUGAAGAUCUUCAGCUACAUCGCCAGAGAUGGACAGAGCAAUGUCUUUCGCUGUAACGUCUUCAAGUCCAAGAAGAAGAGUCAGGCCAUGCGCAUCGUUCGGACGGUUGGCCAGGCCUUCGAGGUUUGCCAUAAACUGAGUCUGCAGCAUACACAGCAGAACGCAGACGGACAGGAGGACUGCCACAGCGAAAAGAACGGCAAUGAGUCCUCCAUCACAGCUCGGGAGCUGACAGGUGCGGAGAAGACGCCGACCGUCGCCGAGGAGACGGACAUCGACGCAGAGGAGGUGAGCCACGUGCCAGCAGCGGAGGAGUUAAACCUUAAUAGAGGAGUGACUGAUCUGGAUGCCACAGCCAAGACGCCCGAUCUGAACCACUCGGACAACAAGGCUCCAGAGGAGGCCUCUCUGCUGAUGUCCAGCCCCAGGAUGCUUCUCCCCGCAUCGGGCUCACUGCCACCAGGUGCCCCCCUGUCUGUCCACCACCAGAUCCAACUGCUCCAGCAGCAGCUCCAGCAGCAACAGCAGCAGACACAAGUGGCAGUAGCACAGGUCCACCUGUUGAAGGACCAGCUGAGCGCAGAGGCCACGGCUCGGCUGGAGGCCCAGGCUCGAGUCCAUCAGCUGCUGCUGCAGAACAAAGACCUGCUGCAGCACAUCUCUCUGCUGGUUAAACAGAUCCAGGAGCUGGAGACCAAGAUGUCUGGACCAAACUCAAUGGGCUCCCAGGACAGUUUGCUGGAGAUCACCUUCCGGUCUACAGUACCUCCGGUCAUCUGUGACCCCACAACCCCUAAACCUGAGGUGUCGGCCCUCAACCUGCCUGCGCUGAGCGCCAAUGACGGGACCAGCAAUGCCUUCUCAUCUUCCAAUGGGACGGUUGGAAGCCCCCUAGUUGAUCAAAGUAUGUUUGAGAACUCCAUUGCCCAGCAGCAGAGUCCACAGAUUUCCAGGCCAGGUCAGCCCUCGGCCCGACGCUCACUAGCAUCAGCUAAUCCUAAUCUGGGCUCCAGCGCCAUUGAUUCUCCAUCCUCCGGAGGCCAACAGAGGCUGAAAAAUGCUUUUAACCUGGGCAAGGCUGUCGGGGCAAAGGUCAAUGACUUGUUAAGGCGAAAGGAGCCCAGCCACCACGGAGACAUCGGCGUGACUGAGGUCAACAAAAACGUUGGUGCCGUGUGGAGCUGCAUGGACCAACUCAACCACACUACUGCCAACAGCCACAUCUCUUCCUUCGACUCGUUCCCUCGGCUGGACCCACCUCCGCCAUCGGGGAAGAAACGUCUCCCUCGAGCACUGAAGACCACCCAGGACAUGAUGAUCUCCUCUGACCCUGUGGUCUCCUCUCCAGACGCUGGGGACUCUUCCUCAUUCCUCUCCUCUCCUGAAAAGACACCCCUUGUUGCCAAGGAGGCGCUGAGGUCCAGUGAGGAGCAGGUCGAGAAGGUUGAAGAGGGGUCGACGGACGUCACAUUGCCGCUGGGCGACGCUGAGAAGAAAGUCGCUGCUCAUUCAGAGAUGACAGUGAGCAACAGCAAGGGAGAUGGAGAUAUAGGUGGAGAAGAAGGUGACCUGGAAGACAGGAGCACUGAAGGAGACAUGGAGGAGCAUCAGCCCCAGCUCCAGCUCUCUGUACCAGACCUCAUCAAUAAAGAUCCCCCUCUGCUGGAGCCCAGAGCCAAAGCUUGCGACAUCUGGCAGAAGGCGUCAGGACCGGACUCCCGGCUUUCCUCCACCCCCUGCUCGGGGAAGACUCCCUGCCGCAUCAGCCUGGGUGAGGAGGUCCUGCUGGGGAAUGGCGCCCCCUGCAGUAAAGGCACCGCAGUGAGCACCGACGACACAGAGCCCCACCCAGACCUGCUGUCCUUUGAGUAACAAGCAGAGCCCAGGUCCAGAUGCCAGUUCAGUAUGAUUCAAAAAGUUUGGAACUUUUUUUCUUUAUUUCUACUCGAGAGGCUGCAAAUGUCUGUGGCAGUAAUUCAAACAGACAGCAGUAAGAAGUGUGGAUCAAAUAUUCACUGCCACGUUUUAAAUAUAUAACUCACCCUGCUCCUGGCUUUGCUUUAGGAAAAGGGAGGAAGUUCUUCCAGGAGCCAGGGCGGGGACCUGAUCUGUCGCUUCUUAACUUUUUAGCAGCUUUUCACAGGUGUGGACGAGUUCAAAGGUCGUGAUGAUAACAUCUGGCCCUCCAGCGUGGCUGAUCUAGAGUCAGUCAUACUCAUUAAUGAAUAAAAACAAGGCUGGGUAAACUUGGGCCUUCAUUUUAGUGCAGUGAAAGUUCAGAUUUUAACUUCAUACUGAUUCAAGUUUUCCAUGAAACUGUAAAUCCAUUGUUUAUCAGUGUUAAGAUAUUAUAUCAUCACGCAAUUAAUUGCAACACCGUCAUAUUUUCAGUCUAUACAAAGAGACAUUUCCUUACAUGUUAGUCAAAUUCAUUUUACACAAAAGCUGCUACAGUGACACCAGUUAGAAACGGCAACUGAUACCAACAACCUAUAAAUUUCAGGAUGAAAGGAUGAACGGAAAUUGCUUGAAAAUCGAAUACAGACUCAAGACAAGAAAGAAACGAGUGAGAGAGAAUGAACGAAUGUGGAUGUGUUGGAGGGAGAAGGCUGAGGUUUGGGGGGAGUUCACUUUCAGUUCAGUCAGUACAAAAUGUCAAGCAGCCAUUUCUGUUGUAGUUAAUUCAGGGCUGGAAGCCCUUUGACCCUCAGCUUCAUCCAUAUUAAAUCAUCUUUUAUCUCGCUUCCAGUUGCAGCAGCACUAACAAAACUUGUCAGUGACCCUGAAAAAUAACCUUUUAAAAUUGAAAUCUGGAAAUCUCAAAGAUUAAUUUGUGAUCAUCAUUGUAAAGCUCUUUUGGAACUUUUUGGAAAUCCCAACGUAAACAAUUUAGCAGUUUACAUCCACUAUUCCCUUUUUGUUUCUGCAAAGUUUGUUCUGAAUCACCUCCACCAGAAGACCCUCUGAACUGCUGAACAGUGUCCUCUGGCAUCAAGACACAGACCCACUUUUUCAAUCAUGAGGACUUCUGAAAAGCAGUUAAUUGGCUCUUUAUUCUGAAAAAAAUUGUGGUAUGUGGCUGUAUUCCAUUGUGAAUACGUUAGUUCACCUUUGAUCAGCCACUUCAAACAAAAUUUAAUAGUUUGUAGGUCUUGAUCCAGGUUACAUGGAUCAAGACAAAAUGCUAAUUUUUAAAAAAAAAAUCAUCUUUGUGAACUGACUGAACUGAAAGAGGAUUUUUAUUACCCCCAGUAACAGUGUCAGGAUGAGCAGAUGGACAGGCAACAUGUAGAGGGGGAACUGGUGAAAAGUUGUUUUUGAGCAAAGGAGAGGAAAGACAAUUCAUUGUCAUCAGAAAGAGAUGAAAGGGGUGUUUUUUAUUCAAGCAGAUCAUUAAGUGACAGACCAAAGACACAAAUUAGCGGCUCAGUUGGACAGGUUAUCUUUGUCAUGUUGUUUUUAGAGAGCUGUCUGAGCGUAAAGAGAAGCAAUAAUUCAUACAGAAGAGACUUUUUCUCCUUUAUUUUCACUUCAUCUACUCAUGAAAAAUUGAAAACCAAAGUCAAAGCAUUUAUAACCUUUUAAUAGUAAUAGUCACGUCCUUGUUUUAAAUCUCCUGACUUCUCUGACUCACCACGGAGAGACUGGGUCAGGUGUGUUGAGCUGGUUAAAGGUGAGCUGACAUCAACAGAAAACAACCUGCUUUUCAAACACUGGAUCUUCAACCAGUCUGUUUCAGCCUCAUCUGUGUGUCGGCUGUAGGAGGAGCAGGAUCCAUCUGCAGUGGCUGUUUCAGCACAAACAAAGUGAAAAUCAGUAUUUUUAUGACACUAUCAUCCGAGCGUCUGUUCUGGUUGAUCUGUGCGACUGGACUAAGAUUGGCUUUAGAGGCAUUUGGAAAGUGCACGCGCAGAUGCCAAACUCAGACCGGAAAAUGACAUGUGGCCUUUAUAAAUGACCACUGUGUCUUUGUAGGGAUUUCCUGACCUCAGAAAAUAGCAAAAAAAGAAAAAGAAAAUCCCAGAAGAGCCUGAGACGGACACAGAGCCAGCUGUAGUUGCGGUCAGGUCGUGCCCAGCAGAAUGACAGGAAUGUGGAGCUGGACGCUAUUGGAGAAAGGAAGCUUUGUUUCUGUCCCUGUCUCACUGACUUUGUCUUACACACUACAACUGUUCGGACAGAUCCCCAUUUAUUUUAUAGCUCUAACUAAUGUCUGAGUUCUCCCACAAGCCAAAUACAUCUGUCAAUUCACUCAAAUUACAAAUAAUUAUAAUAAUAAUAAUAAUUAUCUCAGUUUGUUCUAUUUAGCAGUGUACACACUGUUUUUGUGGACAGUUUUUGCUGUUUUCUUAACAAAAUGAAAAAAAAACUUACGUCUUUGGGACAUUGUUGGUGGAAGCACUUGCUGCUGUCGAGUUUUUUAUAUAUGAUUUUUCAGUGCUUUGAACAGAAUUUAUCUCCAUUUUACUGGGCUGGGAUGUUUCAGCUGUGGAUUAUUUUUUUAUCUCCAGAACAAAAGAAUUUGCAGGGUUUCAUAAUGAGUGAGUGGGAGACUGUUUUUAAUUUGGCAAAUUGAGUCUUUAAGAUCAAGAAGGGGUUUUGAUGUUAUGAAAAUGAAGCUGCUACGGGAACCAGAACUAGAGAUUGUGGGUGUUUAAUUAAAUUGCCCAGAGAAAUCACUGAACUGGUCACAAAUUGGUCACAAACUGGUCAUCAAAACACUUUGACUUUUAUAGUUUGAACAUUGGAAAUGAGACCAAAACUUCAAUCACAUAUUAAAACACAGACUUUGAUAUCAAACAGAUUUUUUAAUGUUUUUGUUGCUUCACUCAUGUUUUUGUUUUAAAUUUAAUUCAACUUGAACAUCACUAACUACCCCUGAAAACCUCUUUUCAAAUUCUUUUUGUUUGUCUCUUUAACAUCAAACAUUCAGGACUAAAUGUGCACCAAUCAACUUAAAGUUUGGAAAAAAAAAAAAACAGCCUCAACUUUUCAGUCGAGCUCUGCCCUUUAAACUUUAAACUUUAAACCAGAGAGAAAAGCACAGAGAAU